GCAGCAGCAGAAGAAGACGGUUAUUGUGCAGCUGCAGUCGGUCCGUGUUCGUGAAUCUGGACCAGAACCGGGUUCUGGUUCUGGUUCCUGGUCCUCCAGCAGCAGCAGCAGAACCGGACUGAUGUUCCGCGGGAGACCCCCGCCCAGGGGCGGGUUCCCGGCCCGGGGGGGCCCGGGGUUCCCGGGGCCGCGGCCCCACCAGGGCCCGGGCCCCCGGGACCGGUACCAGGACCAGCGGGACCCCCGGGACCGGUACCAGGACCAGCGGGACCAGCGGGACCACGGGGACUCGUACCGGCCACCCCCGCCGCGCAGGCGCUACCCGGACCCGGGGAGAGGGGGAGGAGGAGGAGGAGGGGGGUACUGGCCCGGGGGCCCGGAGCGGGGGGCGGUUCUGGACCAGAACCUGGUCAUCACCGUGGGCAACGAGCUAACCGGGUCACCGGGCCACCCGCCGCCGCGUCACCACGACAGGGACUACUCUCCCCGACCUGAAUAUGAGCGGGGUCGUAGCCGCGGUCGGAGCCGGCCUCGGAGCCGCAGUCCGGACCGGAGCCGGGCCAAGAGCCGGGGGCGGAGCAAGAGCCGGCCCCGGGGCCAGAGCCGGAGCCCGGACCGGAGCCGGGCCAAGAGCCGGGGCCGGAGCAAGAGCCGGCCCCGGGGCCAGAGUCGCAGUCCGGACCGGAGCCGGGCCAAGAGCCGCGGUCGCAGCAGGUCCAAGUCCAGGUCCCGGUCCCGGUCGAGGGGGAGGAGCCGAGGACGGAGCCGUGGGCGGAGUCACGCUCGCAGCAAGAGCCGGCAGCGCAGCCGCAGCAAGAGCGGGAACCGCAGCAGCUCCAGCAGCAGCUCCGACAGCGCUAACGGCCACGGCAAGACAAACUUCAAGGAGCUGGAGAUGGCGCGGCGCAAGAAGGAGCUGGAGGAGAUGCUAGCGCAGCCCACCAAGUCCAUCCUCAAGAAACGCAACAGCCUCGGAGACUCGCCGUCCGUCGGGAGCUCCAACUCCCCCCAGGGCCUAGAGCGCCCCCACAUGUCCCGGGUGGCCGAGCAGCUGCUUCAGGCCAUCAAGGGCACCGACCCGCGGACCAUGGCCUCCAUGCUGACGGAGCUGCGGGCCGACCCGCAGAUGGCCCAGCGCGCCGGCCUGGACAGCGAGAUCAAGGAGCUGCUGAACCUCCUGGGGGGCCAGACGGCGCCGGGGGCCCCGGAGAAACCGGCGGACGACAUCGACGACGAGGAGAGGUUCCUGUACGGAGACCCGGAGGAGCCCAGACCCGUCCCGGCGGCUCCAGACGCAGCCCGGUACCAGAACCUGGAUCUGUACGGAGACGUGACGGAGGACACGCUGUACGGGGAGCACCCGUCGCAGCGCCCCGGGGGGGGGCAGGUGUACGGGGAGCACCCCCAGCGCCCCGGGGGGGGGCAGAUGUACCAGCCACCCCCGGCCCACCCUCAGGCCCUUCCCGUGACCAGCGAGGUGGACGACCCGUACCGCCCCCCCGUCGACCAGAACAUCCAGAUCCAGGUGUCCAACCCGGCGUUCCCCCCGGGGACGGAGCCCCUGGAGGAGGGGGAACGCCAGGCCCUGGAGGAGUACGAGAAGAUCCAGGACCUGCUGAAAACCAUCGGCCUGGACCUGGGCGUCACCGACAUCAGCAAGAUGGCGGCCCGGACCAAGGAGCGUCUCCACGGAAGCAAGCCGCCGCCAAAGACGCCCACGCGGCGGCGGCGGUACUCGUCCGGCAGCUCCGGCAGCGGCCAGAGCCGGGGGGGCCGGCGGCGGCGCAGCCACAGCAGCAGUAGCAGCAGCAGCCCGGGCCGGGGCCGGAGCCGUGGGCGGAGCCAGGGCCGUGGGCGGAGCCAGGGCCGGGGGCGGAGCCAGAGCCGGGGCAACAAGCGCCAGAACUGGAGCAGCGACGAUGACAAUGACGACGAGCGCAAGAAGAGCGCGGUGCCGCCCAAACCGGCCAAGGAUCAAGACGUGAAAGAAGUGAAGAAGGAGUGGGGCGAGGUGGCGGCGGUUCCCCCGCCCGUGGACUCCGCCCCCAUCCCCGCCCACACCGGGAUGCCGGUUCCCAACUACCCUCCCCCGCAGGUGCACAGCAUGAUGCCCCCCAGCUACCCGCAGGCCUACGGCCAGUACGGGAACUACCUGCCCUACAUGCACCAGCAGUGGCCCCCCAUGUACCCGCCCCCCAGCAUGGCCCCGCCCCCCAGCAUGGCCGUCGACGAGUUCCCCCCUCAGUUCCCUUAUCAGCAGCAGUACGACGAACCGGCACCCAAAGGUCCAGCCAGGUCGCCCUUUCAGGAAAGAGACAAGCGAAGCAGCCAGGACCGGAGAGUUUCUGAUGAACAGAACAACGAGAGCCAGAAGCAGAAGGUUCUGGAGGAGCGAGAGAAUCUGAAACAGGACCGGGAGGUCCGGAUGAAGAAGAAGGAGUAUCUGAUGAAGGAGCUGGAGCGGCUCAGGAAGCAGCAGGGGGAGCUCCUGCGGAAGAAACGCCGGGAGAAAGACGGACACAAGGACCCGCUGCUGCUGGAGAUCAGCCGGCUGCAGGAGGAGGUCAUGGCCCAGAUCUCCAGCCUCCGCAAGGAGCACGAGGCCGCCGAGAAGAAACGCAGUGAGAUCGAGAAAGUGGCGCUGAUCCUCGGCCUGAACCCCUCGGACCGGCCGCGCAAGACUAGCAAGCCGCCGGAGGCGCAGCAGGAGGAGCCGCUGCAGAAGAAGAGACGGGAGUCGGACGGGAGCCCCGAGGUCCGGCCCGAGGGCCGGCCCGCCUCCGGAAACGCCAGCGUGAAGCCCACCCUGGUGGCUCCGCCCCCAUCAGUGACAUCAGCGGCCGAGGCUCCGCCCCUGGCCGAGGCUCCGCCCCCGGAGCCGUUUGAAUACUACGACGCAGGAAACCACUGGUGCAAGAGCUGCAACCUCACCUCUGGUUCCAUGUUUGACUUUUUCACGCACUUGCAGAGCAAAACGCACCGAAAGACGCUGAACCCGUACGAGCGGCCGUGGGCCGCCGGCGCCCCCAAACCCGGCCAGAGCCUGCUGUCGGAGGAGAAGCUCACCAAGCCGGCCAAAGGUUCGGAGUUCCUGGUCCCGGUCCGGGGAUUCUUCUGCCUGCUGUGUAAGGAGUUUUACGGAGACGCCAUCUGCGCUGAAGAGCAUGUGGUCACUCACGCUCACAACGAGAAGUACAAGGUCCAGAUGUACGAGAACCCGCUGUACGAGCAGCGCCGGAACCUGGACCGCCAGGCCGGCCUCACCAUGGACACCAGCGGCAAGAAACGCAAGUACGAGGACGAGGAGAAGGCCGGCAAAGAUAAGGAGGAGAAGGGAAAACACAAAAAGGACAAAAAGGAGAAGAAGAAAGAAGAGGAGGAAACGGCGUCCAAGGAGGAGAAAUCCACCGUGAAGAGGGAGGAAGAGGAGAAGCCGAAACCCGGCAAGAAGGAAGAGGAAUUCAAGAACACCUUCGAGGAGCAGAAGCUGCCGUACAAGAAGGAGGAGGACGAUAAAUACCGGUUCGGCAAGAAGGAGGACAAGUACCGCCACCUCAGGGAGGACGAGGACCGGAUCGGCCGGUUCAGGCCCGGCAGAGGAGACGAAGAGUACCGGUACCGGUACCGCCGGGAGGCCGACUGCCGGCCAGACAUCCGGGGCGACAACAGGCCAAAGUACGGCCCGAGAGACGAGGACGGCGGCAAGUCUCAGAAGUAUCCGGACGCCCGCGGAAGGGAGCGCGACGACGGGAGAGCCAAGGCCGAGCGGGAGGCGGUGAAGAAGCCCGAGCUGGACAAGCCGGCAGGGAAACCGGAUCCUGGCAAGUUCGAGCCUCCGCCCAAGCCCUACGAGCUGCCCAAGAUCUUCUGUGGCCCCAGCCCGGCCAUGAGGGCCAAGCUGCGCAAGCAGAGCCUGGAGGCGGGGAAACCCGUGCCCGCAAACGUGGCCACGUUCGGCAAGUUCACGUGGAAGAAGAAGGAGAACCAGCUGGCUCAGGAGGCGCAGAAGGUCGCGGCCGAGUUCAUCAAGGAGGACGAGAUGGCGGCCAAGGAGCAGUCCGGGGAAGCGGUCGAUUCCUUCGCAAAGUCGUUGGCCGUCGCAAAGGAAAUCGCUCAGAAACUGGACGGGGAGCACAGCAUGCCGCCGCCCUGGUCCGUCGCCAACCGAGGGCGGAUCCGGCCGAACCUCCCGGCACCUCCGGCCCAGCUGAGGAGAACCACCGUGGCGGGAAAACCCACACCUCUGAACACAUUCCUCAACAUCAGACCCCAGACCAGCGGCAUCCAGACCGGCGGCGUACCCGGACCUCAGACCGGCAGCGUAGCUGGGUUUCAGACCAGCAGCGUUCCUGGGCCCCAGAUCACCGGCGUACCUGGACCCCAGACCACUAGCGUACCCGGGCCUACUCCCAGCAUCCCCUUCGGGCCUCGGCUCAACCCGAAUGCAUCGCCCCAAUCUAACUUGUACUCACCGUUUGACACACCAGAAGAGUCACCAGCAAAGACCAGACCAGAGCCGUUCGGGCCAAAACUUCCUCCAUCGUUGAUAAAACCUCCCACGAGUGAGGUUGAUGAUGAAGGCUCCGGUCCAGUGGGCCCAAAAACGGCGACAUCCAAUGGUAAACCCGCUCCACCAGUACCUAGACCUGAUCAACCGGGUCCUACAACCGCUCCACCGGUCUCUAAACCUUAUCAGCCGGGUCCUACAACUGCUCCACCGGUCUCUAAACCUGAUCAACCAGUUCCUACAACCGCCCCACCGGUAUCCAAACCCUUUCCAGCUGAGUCCCCGUUUGACGUCAACUCUGCACCACCGGUUUCUGCACCGUCUCCUGCUCAGUCAAAGCCAGCACCAUCGGUUAAACCCGCAGUGAAACCUGCACCCCCUCAGCCCACCGCAGCACCCCCUCCGCCCCCCAAGGCGCCGCCUCCCAAACCAGCCAUGAUAAAGAUCGUGUCCGACGUAGCGGCUCCCGGCGUUCCCGAGGGCGAGCAGACCCGGACGGUGUUCGUCAAACCUCCACCUUUCAUGGGCAAAGCCGAGGGAGCCCCCAAGUUCGAAAGGCUGAAGGGCAGCCUGGCGGCCGCCAAGGCCCAGCAGCUGUUCGGCAUCUUCUACAACCCGUCCCCGUUCUCCAAACCAGAGGUGGACACCAAAACCGGCACCAGGAAAGGUCCAAUACAGCCGCAGCCCCAAGUCCAAGACCAGGACAAACCAACGACUCAACCACAGCCCCAAGUCCAAGACCAGGAUAAACCACAAACGCCACCCCUUCAAGUUGAGCCUCUGCCCCAAGUUCAAGACAAACCGAAGACGCAACCAAAGCCCCAAGUUCUUGACCAUAUUCAACCGCAGUCUGAGAACAAGCCUCAAACCGAAACUCAACUUGUGCCCAACGUCCAAGACCAGGAUGAACAAACGACUCGACCGCAGCCCCAGGUCCAAGUCCACCUUGAACCGCAGAUUGAGAAGAAGCCUCAAAUGGAAACUCAACUUGUACCCAACGUCAAAGACCACAAUGAACCACAAACUCAGCCACCCCUUCAAGUUGAGCCUCUGCCGCAAGUUCAAGACAAACCGAAGACCCAACCACAAUCCCAAGUUCUUGACCACAGUGAACCGCAGAUUGAGAAGAAUCCUCAAACCGAAACCCAACUUGUUCCCCAGGUCCAAGACCACGAUAAACCAACGACUCAACCAACGACUCAACCGCCCCUUCACUGGCCCCAAGUUCAGGUCAAACUGAAGAUCCAACCGAAGCUUCAGUCCCAAGUUCUGGACCAUAUUCAACCGCAGUCUGAGAAGAAGCCUCAAAUGGAAACUCAACUUUCGCCCAACGUCCAAGACCAGGAUGAACCAACGACUCGACCACAGCCCCAGGUCCAAGACCACCUUGAACCGCAGACUGAGAAGAAUCCUCAACCUGAAACCCAACUUGUUCCCCAGGUCCAAUACCAGGACAAACCGAUGACUCAACCGCCCCCUCACUGGCCCCAAGUUCAGGUCAAACUGAAGGUGCAACCGAAGCUUCAGUCCCAAGUUCUGGACCGAUUUGAGCCGUGGACUGAGAAGAAUCCUCAAACCGAAACUCAACUUGUUCCCAACGUCCAAGACCAGGAUGAACCGGAGAGUCGGCCCCAACCACUAUCCCAAGUUCUGGACCGGUCCGCUCCAAAGACCCAACUGGAACCGGAACCUCAGAGUCCAGACCAGGAUCAACCCGAGACUCAAGGCCAGUUUCAGCUCAACCCGGACUCUCCCGCCGCAGCUCGGCCCACGACUCCGGUCCAACCAGAACCGACUCCGGUCCAAACCAAACCCACUCCCAACGACUCUCCCGGUCCGGCGAAGGAGACGGGCCCGGGAAUCCAGAUCACGUCCGUCUGGUCCCUCCAGUCCUCCAGACCUGCAGCUGCUGCGGUUCCGUGUGAGACGGGUUCACCAGAACCAGCCGAGGUCCAGAACCAGAACCAGUCCCCUCCUCCUGCAGAGUCCCAGGUUUCUCCCACCGGGUCCGCUCUAACGGAACCAGCUCUCGAGCCUCUGGAGAACUCGGACUGUCUUUCUGACCCGGGCACCAACUCCCAUCCAGAACCGGCAUCGGAACCGCAGUCCAGACUCAAACCGGGCCCUAAAACCCGGGCCAAGAGAACCCCCCCAGUGUCCCGUCCUGUCCGGCAAACCCGGUCCCAGACCCGAUACCAGACCCGGCGGAAGACGCAGCAGCCUGAGCCAGAACCAGAACCAGAACCAGAGUCUUCGGGGGAGCCGGACUCUUCCCUGUCCGAGUCUAGGGAACCAGAACCGGACCCGUGUGAGCCGGGCCAGGACCCGGGCCAGGACCCGCCGCUGGGGGAGAUCACCCCGGAGAUCCUGGGCCUCCCGGCCGACAUGACGGCGCUCGACUUCGACUACAACUUCAACUUCGAGUAACCGGGCCCGACGGACGGGGCCUCCCGGUUCCGUCUCCAGAACCCGGGGACCCUUGCGGACUCAGCUGUUCAGAGUUUACAUAGGCAUAUUUAAAGGCUAGAUGACUCGCCCCCGCUGCUGCCAAUGGAGAGCAGCGUCGUUCACCGGCGGCCAUCUUGCCACAGGAGAGACGCUCACUCAUAACAUUGUGUUUAAUGGAGCAUGUA